AUGAAGACUGAGCUGCGUUCCUGCGCAGCGUGUGGGGAACCCAUCUCGGAUCGGUUCUUCCUGGAGGUCGGCGGCUGCUCCUGGCACGCCCACUGCCUCCGCUGCUGCAUGUGCAUGUGCCCCCUGGACCGCCAGCAGUCCUGCUUCAUCCGGGAGCGGCAGGUGUACUGCAAGGCCGACUACAGCAAAAAUUUCGGCGCCAAGUGCUCGAAGUGCUGUCGCGGCAUCUCCGCCUCGGAUUGGGUGCGUCGGGCACGGGAGCUGGUCUUCCACCUGGCCUGCUUUGCCUGCGACCAGUGUGGACGCCAGUUGUCCACCGGCGAGCAGUUCGCCCUCAUGGAUGACCGGGUGCUCUGCAAGGCUCAUUAUCUGGAGACGGUCGAGGGUGGCACCACAUCGAGCGACGAGGGCUGUGAUGGCGAUGGUUAUCACAAGAGCAAGACGAAACGGGUGCGCACCACAUUCACCGAGGAGCAGUUGCAAGUGCUGCAGGCCAACUUCCAGAUUGACAGUAAUCCGGAUGGCCAGGAUCUGGAGCGGAUCGCCUCGGUGACCGGUCUCAGCAAGCGUGUGACGCAAGUGUGGUUCCAGAACUCGCGAGCGCGUCAGAAAAAACACAUACAUGCUGUACGCGAACCGGAAGGAAGCUCAUUUGCGCGUCAUAUUAACCUGCAGUUAACGUAUUCAUUUCAGAAUAACGCACAGAACCCAAUGCAUUUGAACGGCUCUAAAGCGGGUCUAUACCCCACUCAUGAAUCCUCUAUGGAUGAAUUGUCGCAGGACUCCAGUGUGCACUGUAUGCCCAGCGAGGUGUGACUGGAGCAAUCCUCGCCAGCUCGAGCACAUCGCUAGAUGGCUGGCCACCACCACCCACAAAACGUCCUUUCCUAGUCAAAAUUUAUGUAAUGCGACCACGAAUGCAGUUUCGCAGAAAUCACAAAAUUCGAUCCGGUGAAAAAUAGCAAAAGAUAAACCCAUCAUACAAAGCAGUCCCAGUUUUUAGGCUUUGAGCAACCCGAACGAACCACCCAACGUCAUCACAGUGAAAUCUCAUCAUAAAAGACACAGCAAACAAACAAACAAGCAAACAAACAUUCCUGCAUUGUAGUCUAAGAAACUGCAGCUUAGUUAAUUUAAUUUAAAUGAAAUUUAAAUUUAAUUUAGUUUAAUGUUCAGUAAUCGAUAAGUGUUUCCCCAUCAUUCAACUCGAAGAUUGAUAACUGCUUG